AUGCUUCUGCCCCUGGUCCUGGCCGGUUUCAGUGCGGUGGCCUGGCGCCGGCCGGAGCGUAGCAUCUCGGUGCUUCUUGGCCUGGCUGCCACCUUGCUGUCGCCCUUGGGGGUGAUGCUCUUCCGGCCCUUGGUCAGUCUGGUAACGUCCUUGCUCUUGCAGUCCUCGGCGAAGCAUCUGAGUGACAUCCUCGUCCGGACGACGCUGGAGGUGGUGCAGAACGAGCAGGGCGUGGACCAGCUCGUCAACUCCGCCAGCGAAGCGAUGCGGAAGGUCAGCGCCUACAUCAUGAUAACCAUGGAUGAUGAUGAUGAUGAUGAUGAAUAA